UGUUAGGAUUUUCAUUCAAGUAGUAGUUUUGUACACGUGUGUAAGGAAUACUUUAUACGGCACUAGCUGUCAAAAGACUCAAAACAGCACAAAUGCAUUCCUGGUAACACUGCUAGAAAAGCUGCUAGUCAUGCUUUCCUGGUCGUUUACCAUCUGCGCUCUCUGGUGGUCCUUAUUUCGGCAUCACGGUUACGGACAGCGCAUCAACGUUUUCGCCGAAAAGAAUGAUCUGGCUGGUGUAGCGGCCGACGUGCAGGAAAUCAGUAAAGUUCUACAAAGCGGUUUACCUGUGGAUACUAGUCUCUUCUCGGCUAAGGACGCUUUCUAUAAUGCAAACACGGUGUGUAGAGCCUUAAGAAACGGGACGUUGGCGCUGAUUGGUUUGGCGGACACGGAGAGCUCCAAUCAGCUGGGCUGGUACAGUCGUGCGCUGCACAUUCCCGUGGUGAUUCGCUCGUCGUACGAUCCGCUGGGCUUCUCCGAUGAACCGAUUGGGCCGUACCAUUUCAAUGUCCGACCAUCAACGAUUCACGCUGUCUUGGAUGUCAUUACGCAAGGCUACAGUUGGACAGAGGCAUUUUACAUUACGGAUUCCAAUACCAAGAGCGUUCAAGCCUGGGAAGCGUACAACCGUCAAGCCCAACUGCGCAGCAUCCCCAACAAACUAUACGGAAUGUUCUUCCAAGGCGGGUCACUGGUCAGUGCGACAGAAUACAUUACCACCACGAUCCUUCGGAGACCGAUCAAGGAAUGGCGGAUGAUUCUUGAUCUACCGACUAAUAUGUCAAUAGCUUUGAUUACUGCUAUACUACGUAACGGAGCCGUUCGAGAACGGCAUUUCCAUUUCGUCUUAACAGCACUGGAUACUGAAGGGGCAGAUUUUCGAAUUAUUCACUCUUCUGUCAGCAGUCUAACGGUACUGUCGAUGAUGGAAAAAGAUCAAACUUCCAGCGCACACAGACAUGUAGUUACGACUGCCGACGCGCUAGCCUACGACGCCAUUGGUUUCGUCAUGUCAGCGUUGAGAAACAGUUCCAUUAACACAAAAUCACUGGAUUGCCGCGCUAUGCCGUACAACGUUUGGGCGGAAGGAAGCCGUGUUCAUCAGCUACUACUGAAUACACACUACACUGGACUGACUGGGAAGCUGGAAUUUGACAAACUUGGCAACAGAAGAAACUACAAACUGAAUAUACUGCAGAUGCGAUUUGGAGCGCCUUUCAUAAAUAGGGGAACAUGGAGCGAUAUAGACAGAUUACACUUUUUACCGCUACCAAACACAACGCUCAAGCGAACUUUACGAAUUGUCGGGAUACUUGCGGAGAGGUUUCUAAUGGUUGUACCAUGCGACACCACAACAUAUCGCCAUGUUGUGCGGAAAGAAGUUACCACAGAUGACAGCGAGUGUUACGCCGGUUUCGUGGUGGAUUUAAUCCUGCAGCUGACAGCGUUGACAAACUACACCUUCACUUUACACCAUAAUUCGGGCAAGCUACCGUACGGGAACAAGGUGGACGGCAGGUGGACCGGAGCAAUUGGAGAAGUUUUGCGUAAGGAAGCUGACAUGAUCGUUGCUGAUUUGAGUACGACGUCCGAUCGUGAGCAGGUCGUCGAUUUUACGCUUCCGUUCAUGAACGACGAUUAUUAUAUUCUGAUUAGAAAAGAAGAAACGAUCGACCUGGGUAUAUUCAGUUUCCUGCGACCGUUUUCUUUAACCUUAUGGCUAGCAAUCCUGCUGGCUAUUGUGGGAACUUUCGUGGUCAUCUUUUUUGGGGGACGCAUUGGACCGUCCGAGUGGCACCUGACAGAACCUUGCGAUCCCGAAAACGAUGACGGGAUUUUCAAUGAUUACACUGUGGAGGAAUCACUGUGGUUCACCAUAGCUACUUUGUUGCAACAAGGACCCAACAUCGAACCGCGCUCCGUAGCCACCAAGAUUGCUGUCGGAUCAUGGUUUAUCUGGGUUCUCAUCGUCAGCCAAACCUACACGGCAAAGCUGGCCGCUUUUCUGACCAUCGACCGAAUGAAAUCCUCAAUUCAAACCGCGGACGACCUGUCUAACAGCGACACCGUCCAGUAUGGAUAUAUGAAGAUGGACUACGCAGCCAGCAAUUUUUUCCAACACACACAAGAGAACCUUUACCAGCGAAUGCAGAUCGCCAUGGUCGAAUAUGGUACGAUUUUCGAAGAUUUUGAUUCUGUGAUGGCAAAGGUGCGCCAGGGCAGUUUCGCCAUCAUUGGACCAAAGACCAUGGUCGGAUAUAUCAACAACGGACGACCAUGUGAUACCCGAUUGUUGGGACUUCCGUUGUUCACCUCCAGCUACGCCCUGGCAAUGUCGACGGGGUCGCCGUUGCGCAAAGAGUUCUCCGAGGCCGUUGUACGGCUAAAAGAACACGGCGUGAUGAAACAGCUGGAAAGCACGUGGUUUGGCCGGACUACGAAUGAAUGUCGAGACGAGGAUGAAGACCAAGAUCAUCAAGCGAAUCCCGAUGAGCUGAGCAAGCUGAAUCCGCACGAAAUGACCGGUUUAUUUAUUGUUCUGGCUGCCGGCUUAGGGCUUGCUCUGGUUGUGGCUUUUUGUGAAUACCUGUGCAAAGGACGUCAGGAGUUUCGUCAUCAUGGUGUAUCUAUGGGUCAACUUCUCCUAACCGAGCGCCGGCCCAAAAGCCAUGUUGCAACUUCUACACAUUCGGCCAAAGCCACACCGGCUUCACGCGGUCAAGAAAUCAUUCAAUAGAAGCGUGGAGAUAUAUGUUUCGUUUCUGUUGACAUUGAACUGUCAUGCAUUUCCAAGUGUCUUUCAAUGGAUUAAGUUGUGGUUAUUAAAUUAUGCAGACUGAUUUAAUAAAUAAUCAG